GGAGCAAGAUAACUGAGGUGGUGCCCUGCAGGAUAUAAAUACAGGCAGGAGGAGAACCAAACUCAAGAGACAGCAAAUUCACCACCGAGGAGCAGCCCAGAGCCAUGUCCCUGGGUGGGGUGAGCUGCCUGGUGACAGGAGCAGGAGGCUUUCUUGGCCAGAGGAUUGUGUGCUUGCUGCUGGAAGAAGAGGAGGCGCUGGCUGAGAUCCGGCUGCUGGACAAAGCCUUCAGCGCUGAGGCGCUCGGGAGGUUUGACAAGUUCAAGGGGAAGACUGAGGUGAAAAUCCUGGAAGGGGACAUCAGAGAUGUGACAUUCCUGCACCGAGCCUGCCAGGGAGUGUCCCUCGUCAUCCACACGGCUUCCCUCAUUGACACCCUGGGCCUCAUCGAGAAGAAGCUGCUCUGGGAAGUCAAUGUAACAGGUACUCAGCUGCUGCUGGAGGCAUGUGUCCGCUGUAGCGUCCAGCACUUCAUUUACACCAGCACCAUAGAAGUGACAGGCCCAAACUGCAAAGGGGACCCCAUUUUCAAUGGUGACGAAGAUACAGCUUAUGAGAGCACAUCCAAAUUUCCUUAUGCCCAAACCAAGAGACUGGCAGAGGAGUCUGUGCUGAAAGCAGACGGCCAGGUGCUGAAGGACGGUGGCACGCUGAUGACCUGCGCCCUGAGAUCCAUGUACAUUUUUGGGGAAGGCUGCCCGUUCCUCCAGGGCCAUCUGGACAAGUGCCUGCUGAACAAGAACAUCUACCUGCGCUUCUCCAGGAAGGAGGCCCUGGUGAACCCCGUGUACGUGGGGAACGUCGCCUGGGCACACGUGCAGGCGGCCAAGGCCCUGCGAGCCCCGCAGAAAGCCAAGCACGUCAGGGGCAGGUUCUACUACAUCUCAGAUGACACCCCUCACAUGAGCUACGCCGAUCUGAAUUACGAGCUGACCAAGGAGCUGGGCUUUGGCAUCGAGCCCCGGCUCCCCAUGCCCCUGACGGUGCUCUACUACUUCUCGCUGCUGCUGGAGAUGGUCAGCUUCUUGCUGCGGCCCUUCGUCCGAUACGUGCCCUCCACCAAUCGCCACCUGGUCACGCUGCUCAACACCCCCUUCACCUUCUCCUACAGAAAAGCACAGCAGGAUUUUGGCUACGUGCCGCGCUACACGUGGGAAGAGGCCAAGCAGGGCACCGGGGAGUGGAUUGCCUCUGUGAUCCCCCAGAGAAGGCUGUACUUGCAAAGCAGCACUGCCUGAGCCUGAGGAGGAGCUGAAACCCAGCUAAGCAAGCAGGGCCUUGAGCCAGAGGAGAGCUGGGCGAGCAGCAGCAGCGGCAAACGACAAAGCAUUUCAAUGAAUACUUUGUGUAAGAGCCCACUGAAACCCCUCACCCCCAACCUCAGAAUAAAUAAAAGUGAAACGUUCA